AUGACCGUCCCUACUACCGUCCCCCAGCCUUCACUCCGCCGUGUUUCCGCCAAAGCUGGAGCGGAUGAAAUCAUCAAUAUCUUGCAGGAGGACGGUGUGGUCAUUAUCGAAAACUUCUGCGCUCCAGGCGUAAUUGACCAGCUAAACUAUGACUUGGAACCAUAUUUGGCUCGCGACAUCGACCUCAUCAAAAAUUUAGCAGACUUUCACGGCACGGGAUCCAAACGUGUCUGUAAUCUCCCCGCGAAAAGCAAGACAUUCCGCGAAGAUAUUCUAAACGACACUUUGGUGCAUGACAUCUGUCGAAAGCUUUACACUGAGCAGCAACUUGUUGACUACUGGUUGAGUAUGGGAGCAAUGCUGCAAAAUCUGCCUGGAGGAGAUAAACAGGCCUUGCAUCGGGAUCAAAUGUUGUUCCCUCUGUCAAAGGCGCUUGGGAAAGACGGACCCAUGGUCAUGAUAAACUUCUUCCUGGCGCUGGGCGAUGUCACCGCGGAGAAUGGUGGGACCCGUGUCAUCCCUGGCAGUCAUUUGUGGGCCUACAGUGACGAGGGCGAAGAUGGGAUGGCUGUGCCUGUAGAGAUGAAGGCCGGAGACGCGUUUCUCCUGGGUGGCAAGACGGUGCACGCCGCUGGACAGAAUGUAAGCCUGGAUUCUGUUCGUCGCCUCAUCAUCUUUGGGUUUCAGCCGGGGUACCUGACUCCUUUUGAAUCGUUUAUGGGGAUACCGCGCAACAUCGUUGAGACUAUGACGCCUCUUGCUCAGAGAAUGAUUGGUUGGGGAUCACCCAAAAUUCAGGGGUUGACUUUCUGGACAAUGGAUUCUAAAGACAUUGCCCUUUGGCGAGAGAGGGAAGGCGAAGGGCUUCAGCCCAAGCUCGAUCAGUAG